ACAGAACCACUAAGCUCUCUUUUGAGAAAACGAAACUCAAAAUUCCUCUCUCUCUCUCUCUCUCCCUCUCUCUCUCUCUGUGUGUGAGUGCAAGAAAAUGGCAGAGGCCAGUAUUUCAAUGGAUCAGGGUCAGUUUAACUGUCCAGUGUGUCUUAUUCUCCUGAAGGAUCCAGUGACUACUCCUUGUGGCCACAAUUUCUGUAAGGUGUGUAUUAAUGGCCGCUGGGAUCAGGAGGAUCUGAAGGGCGUCUACAGCUGCCCCCAGUGUAGAAAGACUUUCACUCCAAGGCCUGUUCUACGCAGUAACAACAUGCUGGCUGAAGUGGUGGAAAAACUGAAGAAGACUGAACACCAAGCUGCUUCUCCUGCUCACUGUUACGCUGGACCUGGAGAUGUGGAGUGUGAUUCCUGCACUGGGAGAAAGCGCAAAGCUGUUAAUUCCUGUCUGGUGUGUCUGGCCUCCUACUGUGAAGAUCAUCUUCAACCUCACUAUCAGUCUCCUGCCUUUAAGAAGCACAAAUUAGUGGAAGCCUGUGCAGAGCUCCAAGAGAAGAUCUGCUCUCAACACGACAAACUGAUUGAUAUCUACUGUCGUACUGACCAAAGCUUCAUCUGUUAUUUGUGUAUGAUAGAUGAACACAAAGGCCACGAUACGGUUUCAACUAAAGCAGAAAGAACUGAAAAACAGAAUGAGCUAAAGCAGAAGCAGAUGAAAUUCCAGCAGACAAUGCAGAAGAAGAGGAAAAAGGUGCAGAAGCUGAAACAGACUAUGGACUCUAUUAAGAUGCGUUCACAGGCAGCAGUAGAUGACAGUGAGAGGGUCUUUACUGAGCUGAUCAGCACCAUGGAGAAAAAGCGCUUAGAGGUGAAGAAGCUGAUCAGAGCUCAGGAGGAAGCUGAACUGAGUCGAGCUGAACGACUCCUGAAGCAACUGGAGCAGAAGAUUGCUGAUCUUAAGAGGAGAGUCACUGAGCUGGAGCAGCUUUCACACACACACGAUCACAUCCACUUCCUCCAGAGUUUCCCGUCUCUCUGUGUUCCUCCUGGAUGUCAAGUCUCACCCAGAUUCACUGUCAAUCAUCAUCUCUCAUUUGAUGGAGUGAGGAAAUCUCUCUCAGAUCUGAAAAAACGAGUCGAGGAAAUCUGUGAGGAGGAAUUCAGUAGAAUCGAUCCACGUGAUGCAGCAGUUCAGAUGAUUUUACCCUCAGAACCAAAGAGCAGACAAGAUUUUCUGCAGUAUUUCAUUAAUCUGACUCUGGAUCCCAACACAGCACAUCAUCAGCUCAUUCUGUCUGAGAAGAACAGAGCGGUGACUCGCAUUAAGACAGACAAGCUGUCCUCUGAUCAUCCAGAGAGAUUCGAUUCGUGUUCUCAGGUGUUGUGUAAGGAGAGUGUGUAUGGACGCUGUUACUGGGAGGUGGAGUGGAAUGGUAUGGGUGUGGACAUUUCAGUCUCAUAUAAAGAUAUCAGGAGGAAAGGAGAGAGUAAUGAAUGUGGGUUUGGUUACACCAAGCAGUCCUGGAGUCUGCAGUGUUAUUCUUCCUCUCUCUGUUUCUGGCACAACGACAAAAAGACUGAGCUCCAAGGUCCAGCGUCCUCCAGAAUAGGAGUGUAUGUGGAUCACAGUGCAGGAACUCUGUCCUUCUACAGCGUCUCUGACACGAUGAGGCUCCUCCACACAGUCCACACCACAUUCACUAAGCCUCUGUACCCCGGGUUCAAGAUUUGUUAUUUUUACUCUACUAUGAGGUUAUGUGAUCCAAAUUAAAUGUUAGUAAAAGUGCUUUUGUAAAAUUAAAACCGAGGUGACAGAUUUCAUUUCGAACUGUAACACUAUAUAUUUUUUUUCAACCACAUCUACUCUACAGAUUAAUAAAUUACAUAAAUAAUCUCAAUGCAGAAUGUAGGAUUUUUCUAGGAAAAAAGGGUUAUCAGACAGUAACUGUAUGCACUAUUAGGAGAUUUUUUGUACCGAUAUACAAAAAAAUUUACAAUGUCUCAAAAAUUCAAGUUUUGGCUUAGGCAAAGACUAUUUGUUCAGAAAUAAUAAAACUUACUGAAACUGCUGCGUCUUUUAUUUUAGAUGUCAUAUCUUGCAUGAUAUUUCCUAAAAAAUAUUUUAUCAAGAGAAAUCUGUUGAUAGUAAUUGACCAGCAAUUUCAUCCUGUGUGAUUUCAGACCUCCUAACUGACAUAAAUCCUGAUGCAUUAUAGUGCUUUAUGAUUAUAUCUUCACUUUUAGACAUUUAUAAACACAGUGUUUUUA